CGAAAAACACCGAUAACGCACGACGAGCAGCAUUUUAUUUUUUUAUUUUAAUUUUAUUCAUUCCCUUCUUUUUCCCCUCUCUCGCUGCCGCUUAUAACCAAUUUUCUUGACGAUACUACAAUAUCCCAUUUCCCGUUAGCUUUUCCGCCUGACAGUCGAUGUAGGCGUCUUUCAUGUCAAUUCGUUAGUCUGCAGACGUUAACAACACCGUUGCCGUCACAACAGUCGCCGACGCCGUCGCCGCCGCAGUGACAAGUCGAACGCGCCCCUGUACCUAACCUUUCGCGUUGGAUACUGUCGGCCUGAAGCGAACACGGUCACUUAGGUAUUUACCACCGCGGCGGCAUUCGGCAGAACAGGACAAGAAACUUUUAGAAAACUAAAAGGAACUAUGGAGAAAGGUGACAAGAAAAACAAUGACUGUUACUUUUAUUAUUAUUCAACUUGCAUGAAAGGAGAUAAAUGCCCAUUUCGCCAUGAACCACAAGCUUUAGGAUGUGAAAUGGUGUGUAGUUUUUGGCAAAGUGGGAAGUGUGAAAAUGAUCAUUGUACAUUACGUCAUAUGGAGUUAAAGAAAAAUCGUAAAGCAAUACCAUGUUACUGGGAAAAACAACCUACUGGAUGUCGUAAGCCAUAUUGUGCAUUUUUACAUACCAAACCUCGUGAUCCAUCUCAAGAUGCAGGAGCUAUUGCGAUGGCAGCUAACACUAUGGCCAUUGAAAAUAGCUUUCGUAUGAACCCAAUGGCUGGUGUCGCUCUUACUGCUGGUCCUGAAGCUGCAAUGCGACAACGUUACGACCAGCCAUUAAGAAUGAAUUGACAACCAAUGAACGCAAGCUCGGCAUCUACUGUAUAUGGCAGUUCUGUCGUCACACUGCCAUACGUAUUCAACAAUAAUCAAUCCACUGCUGCCAUGUUUCUUGAUCAUUGCAAUUUUAACGCAUUCAUGUAAAAUUUAACUUUGAUACUAAGAAAUUUUGAAAACAGUUUUCCUAGAAAUCUUCAUAAUCUUAUGGUCGAGACAGAACUGUUUUAUUUUUAAAGAAUUGCAUUAUUUAAUAAUUUAUGGCCGAUGCUUGUUUAUUUAUUUUUGUUUU